GAAAGGAAAAUAUCCUAACUUCUGGCAUCUCAGGUUUUCCUGAUUCUUUUUCAGUGAUGUUCCUCACAAACACUUUGACAUUGCCGCUUACUUAUCCGUAUAUGUAUGCGUUCUGCUUUCAUUUUCGAAACAUGUCGUCUGUGCUUUCACGGACUUUUUCUUUUUCUCCUUUUACUUACUUACAAUUCAACCAUUGUUACAAGCGGUAAGAAUUCGUUUCAAAAAAAACCUAAAAAUUUUCUUUCAAUAAAGGAUAUUCCUGUAUUGUUUAAUUCAACACUCUAAUCCUUUUGUGUUUUUAUUUCCUUCUUUUUUUUCCUAUACAUCCUGAAAUCCAUCUGGGAGAAAUAUUGUGUUUCCACCAAUAUUUCUUUGGUUCGGUUUCUAAGCGCCUUCAUUUUCUACAGGAAAAUAACCGACGAAUCCCUGGUAUUUUCAUUUGGUCCUCACGAUCCGGAUAAGCUUAAGCCGAAAUUUCUGUUCCAGUUUGGAUUAACAACUUUACUUAUAUUUCCUUUUUCAUCAAACUUGAGAACACAAUGUCCAACAGAUCGCUAUCCCGUGCACGAUCAGUAAUUCGUUCCAGCGUGGAGAAGCAGCGUCCGGCAUAUUCUUGCCAUGUAUGUAAAAGUCGCCAUCCGUUACGCCUCUGCAGAAAAUUUCUCGGAAUGAGCAUCUCGGGUCGUGUCAGCGCUGUCGAGAAAUACAAAUACUGCAGGAACUGUCUUGCACAUGAACAUUCUCACGGCAGUUGCUUCUCAUCGCAGGGUUGCAAGAAGUGCCACAAGCGGCACCAUACGUUGCUCCACUCGUCGGCUGAACGUACCCAACGUCAACGACGCCCUCAAACCGAAGAUCGCUCCCAACCCGAAGGUCGUUCCCAAUCCGAAGGCCGUUCUUGCCCCGAAGUUACGCCAUCGACUUCCCGAAGCAUUUCCCACCAGACGCUCUCCUCGUUUAUGCGCCAAAACACUGUCGUCUUAGUUCCCACAAUAGUCGUAUAUAUAUCGGAUGGAAAGAUACAAUCGACAGCGAGAUGCCUCCUAGAUUCUGGAUCUACUAUCAGCAGAAUAUCGAAGCGGUUUACCGACUCUAUAAAGCUGACCACGCUCACUUUGGACCAAGAGUCAUUAUGUCCUUUGACUUUAACUUCGAGGUUCGAUGCCGAGCGGCAUAUCGACGUCAUGCUAAGAGUGAAUGGUCGCAUGAACAUCAAAACGCCUUCUAAAAAUCUGCCCGCCGACGUCAAGGAGAAUUUUAUCAACUUAUGUUUGGCAGAUUCAAACUUCUUUGAGCGAUCCACAGUCGACAUUAUCAUUGGUGCCGACAUCUAUACAAAGAUAGUUUUCGACGGUUCGAUCACGAGGCCCGGACUGCCAACAGCCCUCAACACCAUAUUUGGCUGGGCAAUUUAUGGACCACAUUUGUUCUAGCCGAUAUUUCUGUCCUGAAGUAAAAAUUUGUUGAUAACAUAAAAUAUUUUGUUCUAUUCUGAAGUAAAGUAAUGAAUUCCGAUGAAAAUUUUGCACUAUUUUGUAUUUAUUUUUAUUCUUGCGAACGAAACACAAACUUUCCUUUUCAGCUACCAUUCAGAUUACGUUGUAAUCCGGAAAAGUACACACGACAUGAACUUGUCCUCAUUUCUUUCAUUGCAGUGCAACUGCAAGGUGGGCGGCGAUGUUAAUGUCAAUACCGUGGGUGAAAGGAAAAUAUCCUAACUUCUGGCAUCUCAGGUUUUCCUGAUUCUUUUUCAGUGAUGUUCCUCACAAACACUUUGACAUUGCCGCUUACUUAUCCGUAUAUGUAUGCGUUCUGCUUUCAUUUUCGAAACAUGUCGUCUGUGCUUUCACGGACUUUUUCUUUUUCUCCUUUUACUUACUUACAAUUCAACCAUUGUUACAAGCGGUAAGAAUUCGUUUCAAAAAAAACCUAAAAAUUUUCUUUCAAUAAAGGAUAUUCCUGUAUUGUUUAAUUCAACACUCUAAUCCUUUUGUGUUUUUAUUUCCUUCUUUUUUUUCCUAUACAUCCUGAAAUCCAUCUGGGAGAAAUAUUGUGUUUCCACCAAUAUUUCUUUGGUUCGGUUUCUAAGCGCCUUCAUUUUCUACAGGA